GCUCAUUACUCAUUCUCGAAGGCUGCACAUUGGUUGGGUAUUGGUACUGACAAUCUGAUUUCAGUAAAGACUGAUGAGAUGGGCAGGAUGAUUGUAGAUGAACUAGAGCUCAGAAUUCAGGAAGCAGUAUCAGAUGGAAAACGCCCGUUUUUUGUUUGUGCUACUGCAGGGACUACAGUUCUUGGUGCAUUUGAUCCAAUAGAUCAAUUAGCGAAUGUAUGCAGGAAACACAAAUUAUGGUUGCAUGUAGAUGCUUGCUGGGGUGGAAGCUUAAUCCUCUCAAAGAAGUAUUCACAUAGGUUAACAGGAAUUGACCGGACUGAUUCUGUCUCCUGGAAUGCUCACAAAAUGCUUGGUGCUCCACUUCAGUGUUCUGCCUUCCUUCUUAAAGAAAAAGGACUGCUGCAUCACUGCAAUUCUGCAUCUGCCACAUAUCUUUUCCAACAAGACAAAUUCUAUGAUGUGUCUUAUGAUACCGGUGACAAAAGUGUGCAGUGUGGACGAAAAGUUGAUGCAUUCAAGUUAUGGAUAAUGUGGAAAGCUAGAGGGAAUGAAGGAUUUGAAUAUUUAGUGAACAACGCUAUGGACUGUGCACAGUAUUUCAAAAAAGAAAUUUCAAAGAGAAAAGGGUAUAGGCUUGUUAUACCUGAAUUUGAAUGUACCAAUGUGUGUUUUUGGUUCAUUCCCCCAAGACUGAGAGAUAAAAAAGAAAACGAAGAAUGGUGGAAUGAAGUAGAUAUGGUGGCACCAAGACUGAAAGAAUCUCUUGUUACAUCAGGCACUGUGAUGAUUAAUUACCAGCCAUUAAAACAAAAGAAAUUUCGGAAUUUCUUUCGUCUUAUCACUACAUGUCAUCCCCCACCCACACACCAUGAUAUGGAUUUCAUAAUUAGUCAAAUAGACCUCUAUGGCUCACAACUGUGAUGUUGGUUUCAUUGACACUGACUCCAUUUGAUUGUCAUUUUGUGUCUGACGUGAACAGGAAUGCACAAGAAGACAGCAACACAGCAGGUUAACAGUAACAGUGGAGCCAUAUUAAUUUUGUUGCUGUAUAAUGUCUUUCAUAAAAAAAAGUCUGGAAAUUUACUGAUAUGUGUAAAGUCUUAUGAAAAUAAUAAAACUCUUAAUACUAUUUACACAAAAUAUACAAAUAUUUAUAACA